GUGACGAAAGCAUGGCCAUAUCGGUGAACGCACUUCGUACCCAGCUGGUGGCUCUCACCAAUUCGUCCGGCAUACACAAGGAGCAGGUGGAUAAGUAUCGUUCAUUGUUGGACCAGAGUUUGCUCAAUACCGGCAGUGACCUGAUCGACACGCUGAAACUGUUCAUCGAAGCAAUUUUAAACGAGCAUGUUAGCUUGGUCAUUUCGCGCCAGCUCCUAUCGGAUGUUAGCACCCACCUCACCAAACUUCCCGACGAAAUCUCGAAGUCGGUCGCACACUUCACACUGGACAAGGUGCAGCCGAGAGUGAUUUCGUUCGAGGAGCAGGUAGCAUGCAUCCGGCAACAUUUGGCACAAAUUUACGAGCGUAAUCAAAACUGGAAGGAAGCGGCUAACGUGCUUGGUGGUAUCCCCUUGGAAACGGGACAGAAACCAUACCCUUUGGAUUAUAAGCUGGAAACAUACCUGAAGAUAGCUCGUCUCUACCUGGAGGACGAAGAUCCGGUCCAGGCGGAAGCUUUUAUCAAUCGUGCCUCAAUUCUGCAGGCUGACACGAAGGAUGAAAUGCUGCAAAUCCUCUACAAGGUGUGUUACGCCCGUGUGCUUGACUACCGGCGUAAGUUCAUCGAAGCAGCCCAACGCUACAACGAGCUUUCCUACCGUACGAUCGUUGACGAGGGUGAGCGUAUGACGGCCCUCAAGAAGGCACUGAUCUGCACCGUACUAGCGUCCGCCGGUCAGCAACGGUCGCGCAUGCUGGCAACACUGUUUAAGGACGAACGUUGCCAACAUUUGCCGGCCUACUCCAUACUGGAGAAAAUGUAUCUCGAUCGCAUCAUUCGCCGGUCGGAGCUGCAGGAGUUUGAAGCGCUGCUACAGCUGCACCAGAAGGCAAGCACGCUCGACGGCUCGUCCAUUCUCGAUCGGGCCGUGUUCGAGCACAAUCUGCUGUCGGCUAGCAAACUGUACAAUAACAUAACGUUCGAAGAGCUGGGCGCACUGCUGGAAAUAUCACCGCCGAAAGCUGAACGGAUCGCAAGCCAAAUGAUUACCGAGGGCCGUAUGAACGGAUAUAUUGAUCAGAUCGAUGGUGUGGUGCACUUUGAAACGCGCGAAGUGUUGCCUCAGUGGGAUAAACAGAUACAGGGACUGUGCUAUCAGCUGAACGGAUUGAUUGAGAAGAUUGGUGCUGCGGAACCAGAUUGGAUAGGCAAAGUGAUGGAGGAGGAAAUGUGCACAUGAAUUGGGUUU